AUGGGUAAUUCGUUGGGUGGCAAGCUGGUUUCAUUCGGAUUAUGCUUGAAUAAUGGAAAAUGUAUCGAUUUGGUAAACAACUACAAAUGUGACUGUCCUCAUAGCUAUACCGGCCGGAAUUGCCAGAUUUUUGUCGAUCUCGAUAAAUUCAGCGAUACUGAUAGACGGGAGCAAAAGUACUGUGAACUAUCCAAUUGCCAGUCCAAAGGCGGUGAUGGUGAAUGCCAUUCGGAGUGUAAUUACUUCGCUUGUGGUUUCGAUGCUGGAGAUUGUUCAGCCAAAGGUGAACCGUUCAGUAAAUGUGAUUCGGCUAGCUACUGCGCACACGUCUUCAAGGAUGGACAUUGUGAUCCGAUCUGCAAUAAUGAAGCCUGUCUGUUUGAUGGCUUCGACUGUGCUCCUGGUCAUCGUGAUUGUCCAUCAAAUAUCGUAGAUUACUGUAGAAUGCAUGGACACGAUGGCAUCUGCGAUGAACAGUGUAAUUCACCAGAAUGUGCCUUCGACGGUGGAGACUGUUCGACGAAGAAGCUGCCCUCUAUUCUCCCAGGAGACAUUUCUAUCGUGGUUCUCACCCCUCCACAGGAAUUCGUCAAGAAUGUCGGCCUGUUCCUUAUGAUACUCAGCCAGAAACUUCGGGCAUCAAUCCGAAUCAAAAGUGAUAAAUCUGGUCCGCUAGUAUUUCACUGGAAUGGGAGUCCGUCAACAAAGCGAGUCAUUUUCGAUCGUGAGCAGGUCAGUUCUAAUGCAUUUCUUCCCCUUGACUAG